GGUCAACUCAGAUGUGACUACUCUACAACUCAACACGUGAAUCUAAAGAAUAAAUAAUAAAAUAUCAAUUCUUUCAUAAUAACAAUGGUGUUAACAAAGCAAUAUCUCAAAUAUAAUUACUUAUCGACAUUCAAUAUUAUAGCAAGUGCAAGAUCCAAUGGUGUUUUAGUAGAUUUCAAUGAUAUAAGAGGACGAUAUUUUGCUAGCGCCGCAGUUGAAAAUGUUAUAAUUUGGGAUUUGAGAACUGGGGAUAAAAUAGCUGAACUUUCAAACAACAACAAUGAAGAAGUAACAUAUCUGGAAGUUUUUGAAAACAAAUUAGCUGUUGGUUAUCAAAAUGGAAGAGUUGCUCUUUUUAAUUUGAAAACUCAGUCACUAGAAUGUACAUUACCAUUGCAUAGGACAGCAAUUUCAUAUCUCAAAUUUGACGGUACUGGAACUAAACUUUUAUCGGGUGGACUGGACAAUGAUGUAGUUGUUACUGAUACAAUCGAUCACAUUGGUAAACAACGAUUAUGUGGACAUUCAGCACCUAUCACCUGCUGCUUGUUUCUUGAGAAAUAUGAUGGAAUUGUUUUAUCAAGCUCGAAAGACAAACAAAUUAAAUUCUGGGAUAUAGAAACUCAAUUUUGUUUCAAAACUAUCAUGGACAACGAUUUCGAAAUUUGGGGGAUGACUUUGCUUCGUGACGACACAUAUUUGGUAACAGGUUCAAAAGAAAAUGCACUGAGUGUUUAUAAAAUAUCUGAAGAACUCAACUCAUCUAAUGAUAUAAACAAUCCUACUGCUACCAUCGAUGCUUUCUGUCCAAUUAGAUGCGACCUAGUAGGAAAUAUUCAACGUUGUGGUAAAGGAAGAACAGUGAACUUAAAAACCGAUAAAGAAAAUCAUAUUCUGGCUUGUUCAGGCACAGAUAGUGAGAUUGAAUUGUUUUAUUUUUGUUCCGAAAAAGAAUCAAUUACUAGACUUUCUAAGCGGCUUAAAAAAUUGUCAGUAACAAAUCCUUCUGAUGAGAACAAUACAAAACUAAGUUUAACAGAUGAAAUCAAGAGAAUUCCAUCAAUAAAAACAAAAGAGAAAGUAAAAUCAUUUGAUAUGUUAUUGACUUCUUCAAAUGAACUAAGAGUUUGUGUAACAUUCGCAAAUAAUCUAAUAAUGCUAUAUAAAAUACUAGAUAUCACUCAAAAGAAUCCAGAAGUAUCUCUAAAUCGUUCAAUAUCAUUACAAGGACAUCACACGGAAUGCAGAAGUGUGUGUUUCAGUUCAGAUAACUUAGCUAUUGCAUCAGGAAGUGGUGAUUCUUUAAAGAUAUGGAACAGAUCAACACUAAGUUGCUUAAGAACUGUAGACACUAAAUACAUAAUCAGCUCAUGUUUUGCACCAGGAGAUCGACAUAUUCUGUUAGGAUCCAAAUGUGGAAACUUGCUAAUCGUUGAUAUAGUAGGUGGAGAAGUCAUUGAAACAAUUCCUGCUCAUGAGAAAGAAGUUUGGAGUGUAAGCUUAUUGCCUGACUUGAGAGGAUGUAUAACAGGUGGUGGAGACAAUACUGUUAAGUUUUGGUCUUUUGAACUUGUAAAUGACACAAAAAACGGAAACGAGAAUCAGAAAGUUCUGUCGUUGAUACACAAAAACACUUUACAACUUGAAGAGAGUGUUCUUGGAGCAAAAGUUACACCUGAUGGAAAAUAUGUCGCUUGUGCGCUUCUUGACUCUACCAUAAAAGUUUUCUUUAUGGAUACAUUCAAGUUCUUUUUAUCAUUGUAUGGUCAUAAACUUCCAGUGUUAUGCAUGGACAUCUCUUACGACAGUACACUCAUUGCAACUGGUUCAGCUGAUCGAAAUGUUAAAAUUUGGGGAAUGGAUUUUGGUGAUUGUCAUCGUUCACUUUUCGCACAUGAUGACUCCGUCAUGGCACUUCAAUUUAUUCCAAAAACUCAUAUGUUCUUCACAUGUGGAAAAGAUGGGAAAAUUAAGCAGUGGGAUGCGGAUACAUUUGAAAAGAUUAUUACACUUCCUGGUCACAUUGGUGAAGCUUACAGUCUCUGUGUCAGUCCAAAUGGAAAAUUUCUUGUUACGUGUGGAUCUGACAGAACAAUUAGGAUCUUCGAGCGUACAAACGAACCUUUGAUUCUUCAAGAUGAACAAGAAGAAGAAAGAGAAGAAAUUGAAAACCGAACACUUGCAACUGGUGAAAAUUCAUUAAUUCCUGGUCUUCCCGGACUUAACUUACCUUCUAAAAAAACUGUUGGUGCUGAAAAAGCUGCUGAAAAUAUUUUAGAUUGUCUCGAACAAAUCAAAAAGCUUGAUAACGACAGUUCAAAUGAAAUCCCACUGAUCAUGAAAUUUUAUGAAGCAUCGAAUACAAUUGAUUAUCUCGUUGCAGUUUUUGGAUCAAUUAGAACUUGUGAUCUAGAAGAAGCUCUUCUUUUACUUCCAUUCUCAUGCGUUUGUGAGAUUCUUGAGAAACUACCUGUUAUAACAUCUCAACGAAAAGACCAAACAGAACUCAUCUGCAAAAUUGCUGUUUUCUUAUUAAAAAUUCACCAUAAGCCCAUCAUUUCAAAUCGUGUUAUGUUAUUAUCAAUAAAACAAUUAAUUCAACAUCUUCAAGAAUCUGUAGCUCAGUUUCGUGAUACCAUUGGAGAAAAUAUCUGUUCUAUGGGUUUACUUCAGCAACGGAUUGAAAAUAAGGAUAAAAUCGAAUUGUUCAAAGAUUCAUCAAAAGCACAGAAAAUCAAAGAUAAAAAACAAAAGAAACGACAAAUUAUGAAACGUGUGCAUAUGCAAAUUUCGAGUUAAACGUUUUAAUUCUUUUCAUUUUUCUAUUGAAUAAAUUUAUAUAAGAU